AUAGAAGGAUCUGGACAAACACUUUCUUGCACUGUAACUUUAAGGCGACGCUCUGCAGCUCGCUUACACGGGAAGAAUGCAAAAAAAAACUGUGUUAAAAACAACACAAAAAUUGCACAUUUCUUCUUUCUUCCCUAAAUUUAGAGCUUUGCCCAUUUAUUCUUCCUGCAUUGAUAAUAAUCGUCCACACUUCUUUAGUUAAGUUGAGUCGAUGUGUAUCUACAAAUUUUCUUCAAAUUUUUUAGCGAAAAUUCACGUCGGCUCUAUAUUUAGACAAACAUGGCCGUUCUUCUCUAUUUUUGGAAAUUUUGCACGUCUACAAAAAUCAAUUGCUGCUCAGCGUUAUUCACAGGCAAUGGCCCGUAAAAAGCGAAUGUUGAUUUUGAGCGAGGAGGAGAAAAAGAUAGCAAUGAAGUAUGCUGAUCUUCUGCCAGAAUAUAAUCAAUUAGAGAAGGAAGUCCAAGAAAUAAGAAAUACGUUGCAGAAAGCGAAAUUGAAGAGGGAUAACCUGAUAGGUGUGGUCAGAUUUCUCAGACAAAAGUGUAGGAAGCUGAAGAAAAUAUCUGCUGAUUAAAAAGCCAGUGAAAUGGAUCAUGUUAACCAGUCUGCAAAUGCAAGAACUAGUCCACAUAUGGAUCAAAAUUAUGAGGCCAAAACUUUGGCAACCAUUGGCAAGGAGAAUAUUACCGCUACUGCGAAAUCUCAAUAUGCAUUGAAGUCAUCCACCAAUGAGAAGAAUAUUGCAGCUCAAUUUCAACGUACAAUUGUGGCACCCAUUAAUGAAAGGCAGUUUCUCUCUAAGAGAAUCAGAUAUCAUUAAGAUUGUGAAGCAAAGAUGUAAUUUUGCUUAUUAACAAAUUCUUUAUUUACCUUCCAAUAGAUAGAUGUAGCAUAGCGUCACUGUGAAUGUGCAUAGAGAAAGCCAAUUCUGUUGUGCAUUACUUUCAAAUUUGGCACCAUUAAAUGUAUUUAAUAUGAUCAACAAAAUGCUUUCUCUGUACAAAUUGAGUUGUUGAUAUUGGGUGAGCUUUACUGGUAUUGCAUCCCAUGGCUUCCAUUUAAGUUUUUCUUGCCACUUGUGGGACAGAUUUUGUAUUAGUUGUG